UGGCCAGCCGAGGAGGAGUUAUCCAAUGAACUGAGCUGUGCCCCAAGAAGACAACAGGAUGACCAAGGUCAAGGAGAUGGUGACGUUCAGGGACGUGGCCGUGGUCUUCAGUGAGGAGGAGCUGGUCCUGCUGGACGCUGCCCAGAGGAAGCUGUACCGUAACGUGAUGCUGGAGACAUUCAAGAAUGUGGUGUCACUGGGGCAUCAGAUCAUGACUCCAGAUGUUUUACUCCAGCUCAAGAGAGAAGACGUGCUCUGGAUGUUGAUGAUGGCCGGCUGGAGCAGAGAGUCUACAGGAGCCAGGAAUCCAGAUGGGAUGGAGUCGCUUCAGGAGGUAGGAUGGAGGUACCUGCCGCACCAGGAGCUCUUCUGCUCACGGAUCCGGCACCAAGUUUCCAGGGCGUUAACCCAGGCUGGAGACUGCACGGGGAGCACUGAAGAAGCUGGCUCUCCACUGGGGAAACAGGAUGCUGUCCAGCGUGAGGAAGCGGAGUUCAGUAAACACUCCGGGCGGGAUUCACGGCUUCCACUCCACUGUGGGCAGAGCAGUGGUGAAGAACCUUACAGAGAGGAGCUGAUGGGGAAAGGCUCUCACGGGGACCGUCCUCUUCAGGCGAAGGGGCCAGCCCACGCAGGAGAGAAGAGGUACAAAUGCGAAAGCUGUGACAACUCCUUCUGUCGGCUGUCGGGUCUCCAAGCUCAUCAGGCCAGGCACACGGGAGAGAAACCCUACAAAUGUGAGGAGUGCGGGAAGAGCUUUACUCGGGCCUCCACGCUCCUGGACCAUCAGCGAGGCCACACUGGCAACAAGCCCUACCAGUGCGACGCUUGUUGGAAGAGUUUCUGUCACAGCUCAGAGUUUAACAAUCACCUCAGAGUCCACACUGGAGAAAAGCCCUACGUGUGUGAGGAGUGUGGGAAGGGCUUCAGCCAGGCCUCGCAUCUCCUGGCACAUCAGAGAGGCCACACUGGGGAGAAACCCUACAAGUGUGGCAUGUGCGGAAAGGGAUUCAGCCGGAGUUCAGAUCUUAACGUCCAUUGUCGAAUCCACACGGGAGAGAAACCCUACAAAUGUGAGAGGUGCGGGAAGGCCUUCAGUCGAGUGUCAAUUCUCCAAGUGCAUCAGAGGGUCCACAGUGACGAGAAACCCUAUCAGUGUGACGCGUGUGGGAAGGGCUUCACCGUGGAGUCACACCUUCAGGCUCACCAGAGGUCCCACACUGGAGAAAGACCCUAUCGGUGCGAGGAGUGUGGGAGAGGCUUCUGCAGAGCUUCCAACUUUCUAGCCCACCGUGGAGUCCACACUGGAGAGAAACCCUACCGAUGUGACCUGUGUGGCAAACGCUUCCGCCAGAGGUCCUACCUCCACGACCACCACCGGGUUCACACUGGAGAGAAACCGUACAAGUGUGGGGAGUGUGGCAAGGUCUUCAGCUGGAGCUCCUACCUCAAAGCCCACCAGAGGGUUCACACUGGGGAGAAACCUUACCGAUGUGAGGCGUGCGGCAAAGGGUUCAGCUGGAGCUCAAGCCUCCUGAUUCACCAGAGAGUCACCACUGAAGCCAGGCCGUACGAAUGCGAGCGAUGCGGCAAAUUCUUCCGCUGCCGGUCAGCCCUUAAUGUUCAUUUUAAAGUCCACACCAGGGAGAGACCGUAUGCUUGUGAGGCGUGUGGGAGCGCCUUCAGUCAGGCCUCUCACCUUCAGGACCAUCAGAGACUCCACACCGGGGAGAAGCCUUUCAAAUGCGAUACUUGCGGCAAGAGCUUCAGCCGGAAUUCCCACCUUCGGUCCCAUCACAGGGUGCACACGGGAGAGAAACCCUACAAAUGCGAGGAGUGUGGCAAGAGCUUUAUCUGUAGCUCCAACCUUUACAUUCACCAGAGAGUCCACACCGGAGAGAAACCCUAUAAGUGCGUGGAUUGUGGGAAAGAAUUUAGUCGCCCUUCGAGUCUUCAGGCCCACCAGGGCAUACACACGGGAGAGAAAUCCUACGUGUGCACUGUGUGCGGUAAAGGCUAUACCCUGAAUUCCAAUCUUCAGGUCCAUCUGCGAGUCCACACCGGAGAGAAGCCCUACAAAUGUGACGUGUGUGGGAAAGUCUUCAGCCGCUCUUCACAGCUACAGUCUCAUCAGAGGGUUCACACAGGGGAGAAACCUUACAAGUGUGAGGUUUGUGGUAAGAGCUUUGGUUGGCGGUCAAAUCUUCUAAUUCAUCACAGAAUCCACAGCAGCAGUAGGCCUUCUAAGAGCGCACGAGAUGGCAAAAACAUCAAGGAAUCGGUUCAGGAAAAACGUUCUAUAAAAUAAUGUUUGAAAAGGC